AUGGAUGGUAAGGGUCCGAACUGGUGGGAUCUUCCAUAUCCUGUAUAUGUUGAUGGGAAUAGAGUCCACAGUUUCUACUUGGACAUGUGGAACGGAAUGAAAGCUGCCGUAUUCUCCGCUCUCGGUGACGCAGUCACUACAAUGCAGGAUCAUAACAUAGUGCCAAAGAAAUUGAUUAUUGCUGGAUACUCCAUGGGCGGAGGGGUGAGCACUCUGGGAUUCACGAGCAUUGUUGAACAUGUCCGCCACACCUAUGGCUCUCAAUGUUCAUCUCCUCAAGACUGGGCGUCCGAUGACAACCUUGGGUCACUUAUCCAACACCUCACAUUUGCAAGUACGGGAGCAGGUGAUAUGGGCUAUCUCACAUUGCUCAAUGAACAUUACGAGCGAUACCAGAUCCGAGCUUGGGACUUUUUGAAUCAUUGGGAUCGGACACCGCUUGCUCCUCCGUAUCAUUUCCGAGACUGGAGAGGCCAUCGUUAUAUCUUGCCUCAAGAGGUGACUUGUAAUUUUGGGACUGAAUUUGGUCCGAUAGGCCAUUCGAUUCAGGGGUAUUAUAGAGCUGCGGAGUGGAUGGCCAAGUAUGGGUUGGAUCAGGUAAAGACAGCUUACCGCAGUGGUUAUGCUUAG